AUGGAGGUAUUACAUGAAAAGCAUUGUUUAAUUGAAAUGUUACUGGGCCAAAAAUAAGAGCUAUCAAUCGAAAAACUUAAGUAAACAUAAAUUGAAGAGUUGAAAAAAUAAUACGAUUUAGAAUAAUCAAUGAAUCAAAACUACAAUUAGGAGAAAAUAACAAUCAACCGUUGGAAGAAAGAAACAAUUCAGAACUAAAAUGAGAAUGAAAAUAAAAUUUCAAUUUUGGAAGAAUUAAUCAAAGCUAAGAAUUAUUAAUUACACAAUGUAAUAAAUAAUUUGAUAGAGUUUUAAUCAAAAAUAAUGACAUUUAGUUUGAUAGUUUAGAGAAAAUUGACCCUGAGGAAGAUUGGUAUUUUGAAGAAAACCAAAAAGCCAAGAAAUUUUUAAAUUCAAUUUGCAACAAAAAAGUUGAAUAUCUUGAAUUUUAAAUAGAUGUUCACAAUAUCUUGCACUCUUGUUUUGAUGAUUUUAAUCCUUAAUAUAAUAAGAGUUAUCCUAAUUUUAAAAAGUCUCAUAUAGAGGUCCAAAUUAAUAUUUAUAUCAUCAUCCAACAGGUUGCUUUGGAUUUGGGUUAAUCGUAGACAAGUAUGGCUCUAAUUAAGAUUGGUUAAAAAAGGAUGGCAGGGCUAAUGAAUGGAGAAUUUUAUAUCAUGGCCAGUUCAAUAGUUAAAAAUAAUUUAAAACCUUGCAAUUUUCAGAGAUUUAGAGAUGACUUGUGCUAAGAUGAAUAUGGUAGGACAGUUAAAGUUGGAGAAGGAGUUUAUUUUGCAGACUCAGUAUAAAAAUGUAUAUAAGACUUGCUACUUACACAAAAAAUGUUGGUGAAGAAUAUACUGUUAUUAUUAUGGUGA